AUUCUUUCAACUUGAGAUACAUUAACAUUCCGGUUUUUUACCUAUGACCUGCUAAUUUCAACAGGUGGAUUCUACCACUUCAUUCACUUUCGUUUCGCAUCUCCAUCAUCGCACUAUUCCAUUACUCCAAAUACAUCUUUCGGCCCUUUUUUAUUUCAUUUUAUUGUUUUCCUUUCGUUAACUCCUGCCAACUCUCGGCUUUUGCGUCUUCCAAGUUCAGCUCUUUCGGCUUUGUCACACGAUUUGUACUCACGCUAUCAUCAUCCGCGCAUUCUUGUCUUUUUCGGAAGAGCAUCGGCGCGUGGAUUGACCCCUUGGUCUUUGUGACAUUUUGACUGCGAUUUUGUCCCUAAGAUUUUACAUCUCACGUCGUGAAUAAUUGGCUGCCUUCGUUUACUUCAUAUCAAGUGAUAAUAAUUAUUGUUUUUUAUACGUAUAAAAAUCCAUUUCUCAAAGCUUUUACCAGUAAGUGUUCUCAUUACGAAUUUGUGACUUUGAAGUGUGGCGCUUUUUACCGCCAAUAUCAACCUCAAAUUUUUGAGGACGUUCGUGUGAAUCUCACGCAUCUUCAGUUCGUUCACUCGUUGCAAUUAUUAAGCAGUAUGGAUUACUCUUAAAACAUGGGUAGUGAUGUUUCGGCAAUUUGAAAGGAUGAAGAGGCACCAGAAAUGGCGAGGAUGAAGUCAUCUUGGGUGAUGCGACGGGCCUGGAGCGAUGGGAAGAUGCGGUUGCUGUUGCUAUCCAUGGCACUGUUGGUUCACCGGCUUACAGAGGACGAAGUUUUUGCUCAGGUGAUGACGUACGACCGGUUGAUCGGGAGCCCUGCUUACAAUAUCAGAAGUUACCGACAAAUCAAUACGACUGACGGACCAAUCAUCAUUUAUCCCGGCAGACAGAACGAUGGUAUCAGGAAGCAGCCGUUGUUCUCGGAGGAGCUCCCGUUCCCUUGCGCCAACGCGACCGCCCUCGGCGUCGGGCGAUCCGUCGAGCGACCGACCAGCGUCCACAAGCUUCGUCCGGGAGACAUCGACGUCGUCGGAGCCAUGGGUGACAGCCUCGUCGCCGGAAAUGGAGCCCUUGAGGAGUACGCUUUGGGCACUCUCAUCGAGUAUAGAGGCGUCUCUUGGUGCGCAGGUGGCGAGGGGACGUGGAGACAAUUCAUGACAUUGCCGAAUAUUUUGAAGGAGUUCAACCCGGAUGUGCGAGGCUACUCCGUGGGCAAGGGCGAGUGGCUGGCACCAAACUCACACAUGAACGUCGCUUUCCCGGUUUCAGCUGACGCCGACGCUUUGCGCCAAGCCCAGCUAUUAGUCAAAAAAAUGAAAACAGACCCCACCGUCGAUUUCGACAAUGACUGGAAGCUGAUCACGCUGUUUUUUGGAGCAAAUGAUUUAUGCUCCGGUCAGUGUUAUGACAAAGAGGGAACUUCUGCUCUACAGCACAAGAAGAAGCUCCAAAUAGCUUUAGAUUAUUUACAAGCGAAUCUACCUCGCACUUUAGUCAAUCUUGUACCUGUAUUAGAUGUGUCUGUAAGUAUGAGAGUCAAACGAUCUCUAGUUUGCCGGCUCUUACAUAGAUUUUUCUGUACCUGCUUCCAUCAAAGUGGAAACAUCGAUGAGAUGGCAGUCAUCACUCAAUUAGUGAGAGAUUAUCAGCGAGCUGAGGAGACUUUAGUGAAAAGUGGCCGAUAUAAUAAGAAAGAAGACUUUACGGUUGUCAUUCAACCUUUUAUCAAACUCUUCAACGCGCCACUCAAAUCAGAUAGGAAAACAAGACUGAAGGAGGUCAUCGAUAUCUCAUACGUUACGUACGACUGCUUCCAUUUCAGUCAAAAGGGUCACGCACUAGCUGCCAAUCUUCUGUGGAACAACAUGUUGGAGCCACUGGGUCAAAAAUCCGAAACAACCAUGAACUAUGUAAUGGAGAGAUUUAGGUGCCCAACACCUGAUACUCCCUACAUAUUCACGUACAACAACACGGUCAACCUCUAUCAGUAUGGAAAACAGGACGCACCCUUGUAGAUGAGAAUGGAGAUUUUGAAGAUGUCCUUAAUGAAACGAAUAAUAUUUCUUUCACCUGUGGGUCGAUUGUUAAAUCCGUGUUGAAUGAUCCUAAUCGAUAAAUCCGUAUCUUAGCAAUGCUAUUUAUCGAUCAAGGUCAUUCUAUAUCCAUCCAACAAUCGACCCACUGGGGUUCCCACUCGUCAUACCCACCGCAGUGCCCUCCCUGAGACGAGUUUUCAGUGCACGGAAAAUGCUCGCUUGAGUUUUUUGUCGAGCCCUGGUAAAAGGCGGUUACCUUCAAUGAAAUCAGCAUGCGUGAAUUGAAUGAACGAAUGAAUGCAUGUAUUUAUUAAGUAUGCAAAAGCUCCUCAUUUUGCACUGCCACUCAUCAAGUCAGGCCUUAAGUGGGCGGUCUCAUCUUGAGCGAAGAUCCUAUGGAAAAUUAGGCGCUUUAUUACCUGUCUCAGCGCAUAAUUAUUUAGAUUUUGAACAGUCCCUUAAAAUAACAAUAGAAAAGCGGGUUAUCGAAUUAAAAUGUCUGGAUUUUCCCAAACAUUCGCAGUGGUGUGCAUCACUUGUUUUUUUUUGGUUCACUUUGAUGACUCCGCUGGUCUUACAAGUCAUUUUGAAAAAUAGACAUAUACUGGGACCGCGUUAAGCAUAAAGGAACCAA